AUGGCCGGAUCCGCGAUACCCGACGAGAGGCCGGCAGAGUCCCUCGCCUCAUCGCAAUCAAUCUCACAGGCUCUUGACCAUCUACAACCCUUUGGACUAGGGCCCGCGAACCUCAACCCGAGCCAACGCGGGGCCGACACAGCGCGCACCGUCCAUGCCAACCCCGCGACAGCUGCAACGCACCAAAACGGCUCAGCACAGGAAAAGACCGACAAUUCCACCGGUUCUUCUGAUAUAAACAGCAAUGAAUCUCUUCCUCCUCUUCCAAUUGUCAUCGAGCAUAUUCACGCCCGCGUACAGGCCUUCCUCGCCGAGACACACCCACCCGACUCACUGCUAGCCUCGGUCCAACGCCAAACACGCAUUUCACUGGAUGUAGUCGCAAACGCGCUACAGAAAUACAAGCUUUCAGGCCUCUCACUAUCCUACAACGGAGGAAAGGAUUGUCUCGUUCUCCUAAUACUGUUCCUGGCGGGAUUGCGCCCAUACUCCGACCACGCCGAGUCGGCGCACGAGCCGGAAACCUUGAACACAAUCACAACCACAAAUAAGAAUGAGGGUAGUGAUUCCUUAGUUGAAACACCCGUUAUUCCAGCUAUUUACGCACUUCCUCCUGAUCCAUUUCCCGCUGUGGAAGACUUCGUCUUAAGUUCCGCGCAAGCAUAUCACCUCUCCAUAAAGAAAUACACUACAGAACCGCCUCACACGACGCUACGAUCCAGCUUUGAAGAUUACUUAUCAGUGUACCCCAAUGUUCGGGGAAUAUUUGUGGGCACGCGACGGACGGAUCCGCACGGGGCAAAGUUGACGCAUUUUGAUCGGACAGAUGGCGGUUGGCCCGAUUUUAUGCGGAUACACCCGGUCAUCGACUGGCAUUAUGCUGAAAUCUGGGCAUUUAUUCGACAUCUUGGAUUGAGAUACUGUUCCCUUUAUGAUAUGGGAUACACUAGUCUUGGUGGAACGUCGGAUACCCUUCCUAACCCACGGUUGAAGAAAGAACAUAUAAGAGAGGGCAACGAUGAGAGCUAUUUACCUGCUUAUGAGCUAAUGCAGGGCCUGGAAGAGAGACUUGGUCGUAAUUGA